UGAUGAGGGAAGAAAAGGACGGGCGACACAAAAGGACGCCAAGAAUUCUGCUGAGUCAGCCAUGUUCCAUGACGCAGUGCAAGUGACCAUCUUGACUGUUCAGAGACAACGCAAUUCCCCCUUGUUCAAUGCAACAAACAACUUCUUCCACACUGUCGCCAGACUGAUUAUACCAUAGGCUUGCUAUCAUCUUCUCACUGCUCAGAAUUCCAAGUGCAUUAUGAAGCUGUUUCUCUCCGCGCUCUUCUUUGGCCUCCUUCCCUUUGCACUGGCCGGGGACUCCCAGAAGUCAGUGGUUGUCACUUACCCGCAAGACACGCCGAACUCAGUUCUUACCACGGCAAAGAAUGCAAUUAUCGAUGCUGGUGGCAUCAUAACCCAUGAGUUCCAGUUAAUCAAAGGGUUUGCUGCGGAGGCUUCGGCAAAUGCUCUCCAGGGCCUCUCCGCCUUAUCCGCCGAAUACGUCCCAUCUAUUGAAGAAGAUAAAGUGGUCACGGUCAAUGAUAGGAAAGUCGAUGCCUAAGAUAUGACCUGGGCUCGGUCAACUUUGAGUAUCGUGUGCCUAUUACACUCACACCUGCAGAAGCUGGUCUACGACAUGUAGCUUAUGCCGGAUGAACUUGCAUUGAAUUUAUUCCUAUGUGAUGCUUAAUGUAUGGAAAGUAUUUUGCGCUAUUCUAUAAAGA